AAAAUGCAUAAUAAUCAAGCUUCUUCACCAUCACAAACCGGAGCUCCGACCCAAUUCAGAAAUACCCAAAUUAUGCUUUCCGGUACCCUUGAUGACCCGACAAUUUCCUCGUCCCUCUUUGAUUGGUCCGAUUUCCUCGAAUUCAACCUCGACGAAGAACAAUUGAACAUCUCAUUCGACGACCCGUUACUUCACCCGCCGGAGACGGAGACAGAACCGGCGGCACCCUUAAUAAUACCCUCUUCGGAAGAUUCACCGCAGAGCCAGGAGGCGGAUGCGGAUACUGGUCGGGUCAGGAAAAGGGACCCGAGGAUGGCGUGCUCGAACUUUUUAGCGGGUAGGAUCCCGUGUGCUUGUCCCGAGUUAGAUGAGAAGAUGGAGGAAGAGGAGUUGGGAGGGAUUGGGCCCGGGAAGAAACGGCCCCGGACUUUACGGGCUUCGUCCGGAGCUGCUGGGGCGAGGUGUCAAGUACCCGAUUGUGAAGCGGAUAUCAGUGAGCUGAAAGGAUAUCAUAAGAGACAUAGGGUCUGCUUACGUUGUGCUAAUGCUACUGCUGUGUUUCUUGAUGGACAGAGCAAGCGAUACUGCCAACAGUGUGGCAAGUUUCAUAUUUUGUCGGACUUUGAUGAAGGUAAGCGUAGUUGUAGGAGAAAAUUAGAGCGGCACAACAACAGGCGCAGGAGAAAAGCCAUUGAUUCUUCGAAAAUGUCUGUUGAGAAGGAAUCUCGGCAGGUCACAACGGCUGAUGAUAUUAGUGGUGAUGAUGACAAUGUCAAAGAUAGCACAUGCACGGGCAGCCAAUUAGGAGAAAGGGAAAUCUUAUUAGAAUCUGAAGGACAUGUGCCAAUAGGCUCUACUCAAGGCAUCCAAAAUAAUCAGAGUGACAGUUUCACAGCUUCUGGUGAGACACAGGGUGAUGCAGAAAAAGAGAACUCCAAAAAUUCCCUUUCUCCAUCCUAUUACGACAACAAGAGUGCUUUUUCUUCGAUGUGCCCCACUGGUCGGAUCUCAUUCAAGCUUUAUGAUUGGAACCCUGCAGAGUUCCCUCGAAGACUCCGGCACCAAAUCUUCCAGUGGUUGGCCAGUAUGCCUGUCGAAUUGGAGGGCUAUNUUUUUAGGACAUGGGUGUCCUACUGUCCUUUGAUUACGGAUAGAUUGUUGGACUCUGGAUAG